AUGAGUGCACGACCGGAUCAAGAAGCAAACCAAGUUCAGGCCUCGACUGGCAUCACAGCCGAGUUCUUAAAGGCGAAGCUCGAGACUGAGCUUGGCGCAACCCACGUCUCAAUUGAAGACAUGUCAGGUGGCUGUGGACAGAUGUUCGAGGCUAUCAUCGUGUCGCCUCAAUUUGCGAAGAAAACAACCCUGGCGCGCCAUCGACUCGUGAACGGACUUCUAAAAGAGGAGAUUGCAGCGAUCCACGCAUGGACCCCCAAAUGUCAUACGCCCGAGGAAUGGGAGAAGAAGAAGGCACAGUGA